GUAGAACCAAAGGACACUCUCAUCUCUCUCCAUCUCUCUCUCUGUCCAUGAAAUAAUACAGAGAACAAACUGUAAUGGAGGAAGUGGUGGCGAAGUGGACACACUGACACAUUGGUUCUUUGAUGAUGGUGAACCACAACAAUGAUGAUCGUCUCCGGCAAAAAGAGCAAGAUAAGUUCUUGUUCCAUGACUUCUUAGGAUCCAAGACUGAAACUUUAGCUUCCACUUCCAUGGCUGAACACAUGCUACCACUGGACAAGGCAACUAAACUGGCGACGGCUUCCUCCGUCGGUGGACGCGGUGGUCUUUCCUCAAACUCCGAUCUUGUUGAAAGGCAAGGGAGCGGUGGGGGUAAUCAUCUUGAUGGGAGACAAUUGUUUGGACCAAGAAGUGAAGUUUCUGGCUCAAUCAUGAGCAACAGAUUUUCAGGAAACAAGAGAAGUAACUCGGAUUCACAGUUCACGCCUCAAGAGCAACCAGAGAGUCUGCAUUGGUCCAAGAUGCCAAGAAACGGACCUGGAAGCAUCUCCAUGAAUAUGAAUCAUAUGGCAAACCAGCCUCCACGAGGAGGAGGCCAAAUUAGCCAUUUGCUUCAUCAGCUGUCUUCAAGCAGGUUCAAGGAUGAAAACGUGGGACCAUCGGUUGUUGCUCAGACAGCUGCUGAUGAAGGUUCACGGACAGGGAUGAAAGGUCCAGGUAUCAUGAGUCAUUUUACAAUGCCAAACAUGAGCAAAGUCGAAUGUUUUUCCCCUUCAAGUACUGGGAAUAAGAAAGAUUUGACGUCGAGUACUAAGCAGAUGACUAUCUUCUAUGGUGGUCAAGCUCAUGUGUUUGAUGAUGUUCACCCAAACAAAGCGGAUGUGAUAAUGGCGUUGGCAGGAUCAAGCGGGGGCUCAUGGUCUACGGAUUUAUCUCAUAAACCAAAGACAAAGAACAACACAAGCGAAGGUCCAUACAAACUAGGCCAAAUGUAUGAAGGAGGGAGCUCAAGAGAAACACCGUUUCUGUCUUCAGAGUAUCGUACAAGGCCGGGUCAUCAACCCACCUCUGGCGCCUGUCACAGGAUCUUUACACAACCAGGUAGAGAGCAACACGGAAGUAUCAUCUCAAGGGGACGAGAAAUCAGGGAUCCGGUUCAGGUAUCAGAUCCUGAAAAGAAGCCACAUGAUUAAGUCUGAAUAUGAGAUGUGAUUAGCGACUUUGCUUCUAAGUUGUUAUUUGUUCUACGGUAGCCAUUUGCAAUUUUUCUGUGUCUUUCUAGGUUUGUAUUCAAACUUCUUUCUCAAAUAAUAACGUAUAAUAGUUUCCUUAGUGUCACUUAUAUAAUUCUCUUUUUGUGCUAACCUGGAAGACUCAUUAGUACAGUAUAGCAUUUACUUUGCUCUGCAACAGUAUACUUUUCUUAUGAACUAUCACUAAUCACUG